UUAAAAAAUGUCGGAAUCGUGUCAAGACGGUAAUUGUCAUGGAAAUAAUGAAUUUGGACCUGAUGAAUCACCUACGAAGCUUAUUGUUAAUUAUAUUCCUGAAGUUAUGACGCAGGAUAUGAUGUUCUCACUGUUCUCGACAAUGGGCAAAUUAGAAAGUUGUAAAUUGAUAGCGAACAGAGGGUAUGGUUUCGUCGAGUACUCUCGCCCAGAGGAUGCGGUUAAAGCACGCAAGGCGUUUAAUGGUCUGUUAAUGCAGAACAAGACUUUAAAAGUUUCACACGCCUUACUUAAUCCAGAAAUGAAGCCACCCUCAAAACCGGAAGCAGACUGGAAUCUCUACGUAUGUAACCUGCCUAACGAAUUGACCUUGCAAGAUUUACAUGGACUAUUCGCACAAUUUGGUAAAAUAGUUAAUUCUCGUAUUGCUUCAGGCAUAGCCUUUGUUUUAUAUGAACAUCAGUUUGAAGCCGAGAGAGCCAUCCAUAAUGUUAAUGGCACUACUCCACCAGGAUUUUUACACCCUUUAACUGUUAAGUAUGCUAAUAAGAGUAAUCCUAACAAACAUAAAAAUAAUAAUAAUAAUUUUUCGAAGAAUUCUCUCGUGAAACCUUAUCAUUGGAUUAAUCAUGUGAGUGCUAUAGGAGAUCAUAAUUCUCCCAGCACUUGGUCUAUAUACAUUUAUAAUAUUGCUCCUGAAGUAGAAGAAUUGACUUUAUGGCAAUUAUUUGGUCCAUAUGGUGCUAUUGUAUCUGUUAAGAUAAUAAAGGAUCAUCUAACUAAUAAGAGUAAAGGUUUUGGAUUUGUGACUAUGAGAAAUUACGACCAGGCCGCGAUGGCAAUACAAGCAUUAAAUGGUUAUGUGCUCCACGGCCAGCCUCUAUCUGUUAGCUUUAAGACGCAGAAAAGAUAAUGUUGUAAAUUGCUCUUAUCUUUACAAUAUCAGUACAGUAAUGAAUAGACAAAAUGACUCCUUUUCAUUGAUACACAUCAAUUAACACAAUGUAAGUAAAUAGUGCUGAGACAUAAUCCCAUUUACAAGAUUAUAUUAAGUGCAGUCUGUCAACUCUUGUUAAAAAUAUUAUAUUACUUUGAGCUAUCAAUAUUGUUAAGUUUGUUUCUUAUUAUGAAUAAUAAUUUAUUCAGUUUGCUCGUUAAAUGUUUCAAGUUUACUAGAAGUUUAAGAUUUGUAUUGAAAAUGAUUGUUGUUUGGAAGUUCAACAUCAGUGGUGAGCUUAUGUGCUUUGAUUAUUAUUUUAUAUAUUAUUUAAGUAUAAUAUACCAUUUUAAAAUGUGCUUUUACAAGAUCUUACUAAUAUAAGCCACAUUGAGAUGUUUAAUCAGCUACUAGAUUUAGUUGUACACUUUUUAUAACAUGAUGUCUAUUUAGGUAGUGAAAACAAAAUCUAGAUUUUAUCAUAUUUAUACAUUUAGUAUAAAAUUUGCUGAAUUAAAAUUCAUUUUCACAAUUUUAAAAUGUGUUUUCAUCUAAAUAUUAGAUAUAUAUAUAUAUUUUUUAUUUUAUUAUUUAUUAUAAAUUAAUAAACAGUGUUUAUAAAUUGGAAAAUAAUUUUUAUCAGUUAUAAAAUAGGUUAGGGUAGUUUCUUACAUUUUAAUAUAUUAUGAUUUUGUUAUUUUUCAAUUUCAUUAUUUUAAUACCUUUAUAGUCAAAUGUUUUAAAUAUACUUUAUAGACAUAUUUAUUUGAAAUAUAUUGUACAUUUAUUUAACUUUUGUUUGUUUGAGAUUUUUAUGUUUAACUUUUGUUUUAUUAUUUGUUUAGUACCUAAAGAAAAAAAAAAUCAAAAUGUUGUAAUACAUUUUAUAUUAGUAGACACUAUAAAAACAAACCAAAGAGAAAGUGUUCUGUGAAUUUUUAUAGUGUUGUGAAUUAAAACAAUUAAUCAAGAAUUUUCACUUCUUGCAUGCAAUAUUUUACUGCAUAUGUCAUGCUUACAAAUAGUGUUAUUCACAAACAGUACAACGUCGCAUUAAGAAGUGAUAUCAAGUCAGAGUCGAUUAAUCAAACAAAUAGUUUUCGUUUAAUUUUCGUCGAAAUUCUAAACCAAAUCCUGUUACUUAUAAAUUAAGAUAAUUAAGCUAAAAAUUAUGAGUAGUAAAUUGCAUUUUAUCACGUAAUUUUGCGCGCGAAUGUUACUUAUAAUUAUUACAUUUGUCUAGGUUGAAAAGGAAAUAUACUUUAAUGGAUUAUUUGCUUAAUUUUUUUUAAUUGCGUUUAAGGAAAUUGUGUAAUCGGAGUAGAUCUCUAUUCGUUGAUAAGAAUUUCGUGAAAUGUUUUAUCGAAUUUAGUAAAUAUUAAUAGACAGCAAAAUUCAUUUUAGAUAGUCAUCAAAAUUAUUACUAAGUCGAGUAGUGGAACUUAUAACCAUUUUUUUUCUGCAAAAUGGAUCUAAAGAAACUUGCGAAAUACUAGAUUAUUUCACAGUUUUGUAUUUCUAGAUCACAGAGUCGCUCCGAUCAACCAUUAAUAACUCAGGAAAAGAAAAAGCGUUAUCAUUUUCGUAAUAAAUUUGAGAUAAAGCGUAUUCUUAGUAUACGACUUUGGUAAUUUAAUUAACUGUGUACUGAUGUAACGCUGACCUACAUUUUCUAUGUACGUAAUUAAAUAAUUUGGUCAGAAUUCAUUCAUAAGCUUCAAUUAAGUUCAUUAUAAAAGUAAUAAAAACUAGUAAAAGUUCAACUGUGAGACAAAAGUCUACUCGAAGGAUAUGGCUUGGAGAAUAUCCCACCACGCUGCUCCGAUGCGUGUUGCUGUAUAUAUUUGGCUGAAAUUGAGCGACAUUAUUCAGUCACGAUUUUUUUUUCACCGCCAAGAACGGGAUUAAUUAAAAACACGAAUUAAGCACAUAAGUUUCAUUAAUUGUUAUUAUUUAUUGCCCGAGUUUGAUCCCGCAAUCUUCGAUUAAGUAUAACUUGUUUUUGAUGCAUAUUAGCGAUCGAGUUACAUCGAAUUCAUAAUUAUAAAUAGAAUAAUAAUACUUUAAUGAUAACACGGAUAAAGUGAACUCAUCUACUUCUUCAGAUUUUCUGCCGAUGUCAUAAAAAUAUAUAUGUAUGACUUGUUAGCGGGUAAGCCAAAUCAAAGUACCUAUAUCACUUACGUAUGUGUGCUUACCGCAUAACCUCGGCGUGAUCUCAUUAAUUGGAUAGGUUAAAUGAAAAGUGUGUCAGUAACCUGCUCUGUAGGUCAGUGAUGAAUCCUAGA